UCUCGCUUGAGUACACCGACAUGGCGGAGCUGUUGAAAAUAAAACGCGAAUUUGAAGAGUUCCAAAAGGAAUACUACUAUACAAACAGAGAAGCUGAUGAGAACAGAGAGAAGGAGAACCAGGCCGUCACCCAGAUCCAGAGCUGGUUCAGAGGCUGCAAGGUGCGGGCUUACCUCAGCCAUCUGCACAAGAAGGCAAUCAUUAUACAGAAGAUAUGGCGGGGCUUCACAGCAAGGGCACGUGUCAGACAAAUGGUGAAGGCGGCAUAUUUUAUCAUGAAGAUGAAUUUCUACGAGGAGAUGGCGGUCAGGAUCCAGCGGACAUGGAGAGGAUUCUUUGUGAGGAAGUAUAUCCAUAACUUCUAUGCACGAAAAAAGUAUAUGGAAGGACUUGUCAUGAAAAAUGAACUAGUCAGGAGGGAGCUUGAUCAGCUGGAAGAUCUCCAGAAAAGGGAGAGAGACUGUCUGGAUAUGGUGAAAGAGCACACUGCCAAAGUCUAUCAAGCUCAUCGGUUACAUCAUCUCCUUAGUACAAAGCAGUGCCCAGGGGUCUUCAACUCUCCAUUCAGGCCAGCUCCUCAUGAGAUGGAGCUGCUGCUGAGGCAGCAGGUCAAGUACCAGGCCCCCACCAGGCUGGCCUCCAGGGGCAAGGCUUGUCUCUUGGGCAUCCCAAGCUCAACAAGCUCUAGUUUCCCUGUGACUCUUGGAUCCCCAUUGAUCAAAACCUCUAGAACUUAUAGCUCCAGGCCCAUACUGCCUCCCAUUGCCAACAAGACACAGCAGGGUCUUUACAGAGAAGCAGGAGAGGCUUGGGAGCAGCGCUUGCAUUGUCGUGAAUUGAUGUUAUGUCUGCAGACCUCUUACAUGCACCUAGAGGAGGCCCAGAAUCAGCUACGUGAACUCGAGCCAGUGAGACUUAGAGGAACAGGAAGUACACUUCACCAUUUGAGCCACAGCAGCAGUUCAUUUCCUCAUCCAGCCCAUACCGGCAAGAGCUUCAGAUGAUUAAUAUACACUGGUUAUCAGAGGAGUUUUACCCAGUGGAUGAAGACAUUACCCAGGGAUUCAACUGCACAUAAAAAAUGCUUUUUGCAUCACAAGGUAUUAUGCUUGUCAAUGAAAACGACACCAAAGACAAAACCCAGUUUAAUCAAUUGCAACUGCGUUCUCCCCUAAUUGUUCCCUGACUUUUCCACUAUGCACAUCGGAGCGUCACUGAAAUGUAAUCCACCCCAAUAAAAAUCUUUAGUGGGAAAAAGUAACAGUUUGUAAACUCAGUAAAUUUAGAGCAAAGGUCAUUAGCACACACAACAAAAAAGAUGUGGUUGAGUUAAAAGUACAAAGACCUCCACUGACACCAAAGCAGCUAUCUUUACUCAUCAGGUCCAUUACAUGCAGCAGCUAUUUAUAUCAAAAAUACAAAGAGGAUUGAUAGAUAUAAGCACACAAGCACUUACGUAUAGCGAAAGUAAGAAAUACAGGCUCUGUAAGUCAGGCUUUUUCCAUGUAUUUUUGCUUACAACACCAAACUUUACCGGGCUGCCUGAAGUCUGUAUUACUCACACAUAACAUAUUCAAAAUACAUCUUGUACAUAUGUGAAGUACUCUACGUGUGUUUGUAUGUUUGUAUGUAUUGGCACUUGGGGCUAAUGGGUAGGGGGUGGGGGGUAGACUAAGGGUCCAGAUGGUUGGAAAGAUAGAUGUAGAGAUAGAUAAAGACAAAGAAAGAGGGAACAAAGGAAAGGCAGAAGAACACACUGUUUAUCAUUCAGGAGACUCUCCCCAAUGGUCACUGCUCAGCUAGCACACAUACAUACACACAGGUAUGUGUUGGUCUUAAUCCUAUUGUGUAGCAGUGACCAGAGUGUGGGAGUCUCAUCACCUGUCUCCUCUCCCCCUCUCACAUACACACACACAGUGAUGGAGUAUAAUCCUGUCAGUAACUGUGAUGGAAUUUAGAG